AAAUGUGCGCUCUCGGAGGGAUCCAGGCCCCCAAACGGGACGCCCCCCGCGCCCCCGGGCCUGCCCAGCGACGCCCCCCGCCGCCCCACACUCAUCCUUAACUCUUGCCUCUCCGCCUAAUACUUACGGUCGCCCGCGCGGGAGCCUGCACCCCGCGGGGCCGGCCUCCGCCUCUGCUCUGGAAUUCCUGUGGGGACCCCCGAGCGUCCCUUCCCCCGCCCGCCCAAGUCUGAGACCACUGGCCGACGCCCCCUGCUUGGGGCGGAACCCGAGCUGCGCAGGUUCCUGGCGCCGGGCUGGCUGCCCCCCCUCCAGAUCCCGCAACCGCAGCGCCCCUGCGCAGCGCCCAGCCGAAGCCCCCUUCCAGGCCCAGGCGUCCCCCUCCCACGGGGACUCCGUCUCUAUUUUGGGGAAAGGGGAGGCUCAGCGGAAGCCCCGAGUUAUAAUUAGCCUCACUCGGGUUUCCUAGUUAAUCUCCAGCACCACCACCACCCCCCCCAGCCGCAGGGCGGCGGGUGUUGGCUGGGUGAGAGGUGACCGCCGGGAGAGGGGGGGAGUUCCGACCCGGGGAAUUUUGAUCCCUUGGCUGGAGAUGCCGGAACCGCAGCAGCUGCUGCCCCAAAAUAGCCCCCUCGCCCCUGCAGCCGGGGAUCUCCGGAGCUCCGAGAAGACAGGCGUCCGGGUUCGCCCUUCAGACCCCUCCGCAAGGCCCGCGAGCCUCCAGACCCCCGCCCCAAGUUCCCGGCUCCCGGACUCGGGGCGGGGAGCGCCGUCCUUUUCUCGGUCUCUACUGCCCCCCACUGGCGGCAGCGUGCCCCUCAGCAUCGGAUGGAUGGGGGACUCGAGUCCUGGGGGGGACGGGGCUGACGAGCCUGUUCCCUGAGGCUGGGCGAGGCGAGUGCGCAGCUGACCGGCACCCACGGGUACCCCGUGCCGGACAGUGGAUGAGGAAGGGCAGGGUGGAGCAGGGUGUGGAGUAAGCGGGAUUUGGGGUGCCCCGGGACCUGCAGCUCCCACACCCUUGAAUGCCCAACCCACCCCCCAGGGUCCCCGACCCUGGCCAACGCCAGAGAGCCUGCGCCUUCACGCCACCGCAAGCUUCCCCAUCAGCGCCUCCCGUCAGUGAGGGCCCCGCCCCUGUCGGGUGGCCUGUGUGUGGACUGCGAUCUCUGGUGUGGGUGCCCACACUGCUCACGCCGGGCCCAACGCAGUCCACCCCGUUGGGGGAAGGAGAGCCUGCCUGCCCUGGCAGCCAUGAGGCCCCCCUGGUGUCCCCUGUACACGCCCUCCCUGGCUGCCCCAAUCCUUCUCCUCCUCCUCUUCCUCCUGGGAGGAGGGGCAGAGGCUGAGGACCCAGAGCUGCUGGUGACGGUCCGUGGGGGCCAGCUGCGGGGCGUCCGCCUAAUGGCCCCUGGAGGCCCUGUCUCUGCUUUUCUGGGCAUCCCCUUCGCAGAGCCACCUGUGGGCCCCCGUCGCUUUCUGCCACCGGAGCCCAAGCGGCCCUGGCCAGGGGUGCUGGACGCCACAGCCUUCCAAAGUGUCUGCUACCAAUAUGUGGACACCUUGUACCCUGGCUUCGAGGGCACCGAGAUGUGGAACCCCAACCGCGAGCUGAGCGAGGACUGUCUCUACCUCAACGUAUGGACACCAUACCCCCGGCCUGCGUCCCCCACCCCUGUCCUCGUCUGGAUCUACGGGGGUGGCUUCUACAGUGGGGCCUCCUCCCUGGACGUGUAUGAUGGCCGCUUCCUGGCCCAGGCUGAGGGGACCGUGCUGGUGUCCAUGAACUACCGGGUAGGAGCCUUUGGCUUCUUGGCCCUACCAGGGAGCCGGGAGGCCCCAGGCAACGUGGGUCUACUGGACCAGAGGCUGGCACUGCAGUGGGUACAGGACAACGUGGCAACCUUCGGAGGAGACCCAAUGUCAGUGACUCUGUUUGGGGAAAGCGCCGGUGCCGCCUCAGUGGGCAUGCACCUGCUGUCGCCUCCCAGCCGGGGCCUGUUCCACAGGGCUGUGCUGCAGAGCGGUGCACCCAAUGGCCCCUGGGCCACAGUGGGUGUGGGAGAGGCCCGCCGCAGGGCCACACUGCUGGCACGCCUCGUAGGCUGUCCCCCGGGCGGUGCCGGUGGCAAUGACACAGAGCUGGUCGCCUGCCUGAGGACACGGCCAGCUCAGGAUCUGGUGGACCACGAGUGGCACGUGCUGCCUCAGGAAAGUGUCUUCCGCUUCUCCUUCGUGCCCGUGGUGGAUGGAGACUUCCUCAGUGACACACCCGAGGCCCUCAUCAAUGCUGGAGACUUCCACGGCCUGCAGGUGCUGGUGGGUGUGGUGAAGGAUGAGGGCUCCUAUUUUCUGGUUUACGGGGCCCCAGGCUUCAGCAAAGACAACGAAUCUCUCAUCAGCCGGGCCCAGUUCCUGGCCGGGGUGCGGGUCGGGGUCCCCCAGGCGAGUGACCUAGCUGCCGAGGCUGUGGUCCUGCAUUACACAGACUGGCUGAACCCUGAGGACCCCGCACGCCUGAGAGAGGCCAUGAGUGAUGUGGUGGGCGAUCACAACGUCGUGUGCCCCGUGGCCCAGCUGGCUGGGCGACUGGCUGCCCAAGGUGCUCGGGUCUAUGCCUACAUCUUUGAACACCGUGCGUCUACGCUCUCCUGGCCCCUCUGGAUGGGGGUGCCCCAUGGCUACGAGAUCGAGUUCAUCUUUGGGCUCCCUCUGGAACCCUCGCUAAACUAUACCGCCGAGGAGAGAACCUUUGCUCAGCGACUGAUGAGAUACUGGGCCAACUUCGCCCGCACAGGGGACCCCAAUGACCCCCGAGACCCCAAAGUCCCGCAGUGGCCACCAUACACGGCGGGCGCGCAGCAGUAUGUGAGCCUGGACCUGCGGCCGCUGGAGGUUCGGCGAGGGCUGCGCGCCCAGGCCUGCGCUUUCUGGAACCGCUUCCUACCCAAAUUGCUCAGCGCAACCGACACGCUGGACGAGGCGGAGCGCCAGUGGAAGGCAGAGUUCCACCGCUGGAGCUCCUACAUGGUGCACUGGAAGAACCAGUUUGACCAUUACAGCAAGCAGGAUCGCUGCUCAGACCUGUGACCCAGACUGGACCCCCACGUCUCCCCGCCCUGCCCGCCCCGCCCGGCCCCCUAGCUGUAUAUACUAUUUAUUUAAGGGCUGGGAUAUAACACAGAGAAGCCCACCUCCCCGACUUUCCCCGGAGGCUCCCCGUCCUCUGCAUGUUUCGGGCCGAGCCGCCCCCCCCCCCCCCCCCCCCCCCCGCGGUGCCUUGGCCCCUCUGGGCUGCCAAUAAACUGUUACAGCCACAGGAGUGUGCGCGA